AUACCGGGACAACCUACAUGGUUAACGACAAACUCCUCUCUCUCUCUCUCUCUCUCUCUCUCUCUAGCAGUGGAGUUCUUCAGCAAAACCUUUGGAGAGAAUACGAAGAUGAAAGACGUCUGGAGAGCAUCGAAGCUCAAGCUACCAUCGAUCGUCAUCAUCAUCCUCGGCCAGCUUCUUCGCUCAGUUCAUGCCCAGAAUCAAACUCAAGCUACCACUGAUCCUUCCGAAGUGAGCGCUCUGAACGCAAUAUUCCAGAAAUGGGGGAUAUCGGCGGGGGCCGGCCAGUGGAACAUCAGCGGCGAGCCCUGCACCGGCGCCGCCGUCGACAGCACCACAUUCGACAACAAAGCUUACAAUCCUCUCAUCAAGUGCGACUGCUCCGCCAACAACGGCUCCACCUGCCACAUUACUCAGCUGAAGGUUUAUGCGAUGAGUGUGAGUGGUACAAUCCCGGAUGAACUGUGGAAUCUGACUUACCUUUUCAAUCUGAAUUUGGCCCAGAAUGUUUUGACAGGGUCCCUGUCUCCAUCCAUUGGCAAUCUAACUCGGAUGCAGUACCUGAGUAUAGGCAUCAAUGCAUUAUCGGGGGAACUUCCAAAGGAACUUGGAUUGCUUACCGAUCUAUUAUCAUUGGGUUUCGGUACGAACAACUUCUCUGGCCCUCUUCCCUUCGAGCUAGGGAACUUGACAAAAUUGGAGCAACUUUACUUUGACAGUGCUGGUGUUAGCGGUCCACUUCCUUCGGCAUUUGCCAAUCUUCGGAACCUGAAUACCGUGUGGGCAUCGGACAACGAACUUACUGGUCCAAUACCAGACUUCAUUGGCAAUUGGUCAAAGCUUAAUCAAUUGGUGCUUCAUGGAACUUCAUUCAGUGGUCCCAUCCCAUCAGCACUUUCGACAUUAACAUCUUUGAAAGAUCUGAGAAUAAGUGGCAUAACUAAUGGGAGCUCUUCACUGGCGUUUAUCAAGGAUAUGAAGAAUCUUACGACCCUGAUAUUGAGGAAUAACAACAUUUCCAAUUCUAUACCGUCCAUCAUUGGAGAAUACUCGAGUUUAGCUCAGCUGGAUUUGAGCUUCAACAACUUAAUUGGACAAAUUCCAGACUCUCUCUUUAAUUUGAGUUCACUCUCUUUCUUGUUUCUAGGGAAUAAUAGUUUGAAUGGUACCCUUCCUGGAGAAAAAAGCUCCUCUCUUGUCAACAUAGACGUGUCAUACAAUUUUCUGUCAGGCAGCUUUCCUUCUUGGGUCAACAAUGAACAGAAUUUACAGCUGAAUCUUGUUGGUAACAACUUCACAAUACAAAACUCUAACAGCAGUGUUCUUCCUUCAGGGUUGAAUUGUCUCCAGAGGAAUUUUCCCUGCAAUCGAGGACUUCCAAUUUAUUCUAGCUUUGCAGUCAAAUGUGGUGGUCCACAGAUCAGGUCAUCUACUGGUGUAGUGUAUGACAGAGAUAACAGCACUCUUGGUCCAGCCACUUAUUAUGUGACUGAUACGCGGAGAUGGGCUGUAAGCAAUGGUGGAUAUUUCACUGAUAGCAACAGUCCCAGUUACACAUAUACUUCACAGUCACAGUUCACAAACACAUUAGACUCAGAACUAUAUCAGACUGCCCGAAUCUCCGCUUCAUCUUUGCGAUAUUAUGGGCUGGGGCUCGAGAAUGGGAACUACACUGUGACCCUCCAAUUUGCAGAAUCAGCAAUCCUAAACACCAAUUGGCAAAGGCUAGGGAGGCGUCUCUUUGAUAUAUAUAUACAAGGGAAUAAUGUAGAAAAGGAUUUUGAUAUUCAAAGAGAGGCAGGAGGCUCCUUUAGAGGUGUUCAAAGGAAUUUCAGUGCUCAGGUGACAGAAAAUUACCUUGAAAUUCAUCUCUUCUGGGCUGGGAAAGGGACUUGCUGUGUUCCUGCUCAAGCUACCUAUGGGCCUAUGAUUUCAGCUAUUAGUACUACCCCGAAUUUCAUUCCCACUGUCAGCAACAAUCCUCCAGCGACCAAUGAGAAGGACCGGACGGGAUUGAUAGUCGGGAUUACUGUUGGUGUUGCAGCUGUGAGUUUUCUGGCAUUCUUAGUAUUCUGUCUUGUCCGGAGAAAAAAAUUGAGACGUGCUAAUGAAGAAGAUGAGCUGUUAGGUAUAGAUACUAGACCGUAUACUUUCAGUUAUUCGGAACUCAAGACCGCUACGGAGGAAUUUAGUCCUAUUAACAAGCUCGGAGAGGGAGGAUUUGGCCCUGUUUUUAGAGGAACACUGAGUGAUGGAAGAGUAAUUGCAGUGAAGCAACUAUCUCUAACAUCACAUCAAGGGAAAAACCAAUUCGUGACAGAGAUUGCAACCAUAUCUGCCGUUCAACACCGUAAUCUCGUCAAACUCUAUGGAUGCUGCAUUGAGGGGGACAAACGGCUCCUAGUUUACGAGUAUCUCGAGAACAAGAGCCUCGAUCAAGCACUGUUUGGGCAAAGAAGUUUGAAUCUUGAUUGGCCUACUCGUUAUGAGAUUUGCCUUGGUGUGGCGAGGGGCCUUGCUUAUCUACACGAAGAGUCCAGGCUGAGGAUUGUGCACAGAGAUGUGAAGGCCAGCAACAUUCUGCUGGACUCCAAUCUCACUCCUAAAAUAUCCGAUUUUGGCCUUGCCAAACUCUACGAUGAUAAAAAGACCCACAUAAGCACUCGUGUUGCAGGAACCAUUGGGUAUCUUGCUCCGGAGUAUGCAAUGAGGGGACACCUCACAGAGAAGGCCGACGUCUUUGCCUUUGGAGUAGUUGCUCUCGAGGUGCUCAGCGGGCGGCUAAAUUCUGACCAGAGCUUGGGGCAAGACAAAGUUUAUCUUCUUGAAUGGGCAUGGAAUCUUCAUGAAAUGAACCAAGAAGUCGAGCUGGUUGACCCGAGAUUAUCGGAAUUUAAUGAGGAAGAGGCAAAACGCGUGGUCGGAAUCGCUCUACUCUGCACCCAAACAUCACCAAUUCUGAGACCUUCCAUGUCUCGAGUGGUGUCGAUGCUUUCAGGAGAUAUUGAAGUGAGUUCUGUAACCACAAGACCAGGAUACUUGACUGAUUGGAAGUAUGUCGACGAGAGCUUCGUCACUGAGAGUAGCAGUAUGAGUGUGGAAGCUGAGAAGAAUGGCCACAGUAACUCACCACUGACGUCAAGCACGGCUGGAAGAGAGGAUCUUUUGCCAGCAAAUGCCGCACAACCAAUGCUGAGUGAGAUAAUCGGCGAGGGUAGGAGAAGAUUGGGAAUGGCGGUGAAGAAGGUAGUAGAAUCGGUUUCCACAGUUGUCAUUUUCGUCACCUUAGUGCUGCUGCUGCUGCUGCUGCAUAAUCAUGGUGGAGCUCAAGCUCAAGCUCAACCGAUCACCGAUCCUUCUGAAGUGCGCGCUUUGACCUCAUUGUACCAGCAAUGGGGGAAACAGGCAUCGUCGGCUCAGUGGAACAUAAGCAAAGAGCCAUGCCAAGGAGCUGCCGUUGACGACACGGAUAUUUUAGAAACAGCACACAACCCUUUCUUCAAGUGCGACUGUUCGUAUGAUGGUGGCUCUACAUGCCACAUCACUAAACUGAAGGCUACUUCACUGAGUAUUACUGGUCGAAUCCCGGAUGAGCUCUGGAGUCUGACUUACCUCGAAUAUCUGUCGUUGCAGAAAAAUCUUUUGACGGGUCCCUUAUCUCCAUCAAUAGGAAAUCUUACUCGCCUAGAAUACCUGAUUCUUCGUGAGAAUGCAUUAUUGGGAGAACUUCCAAAGGAACUUGGGCGGCUUACUAGUUUAAUAGUGUUAGGCUUAGGGACAAACAAGUUUUCUGGUACCCCACCAGCUGAACUCGGAAAUAUAACAAAAUUGCAGAAACUUUAUCUCGGCAGUUGCAGUUUCAGUGGUCCGCUUCCUUCAACAUUUGCCAAGUUCACAAGCCUGCAAGUGUUACGGCUAGGAGACAGUGAACUCUCUGGCAGAAUACCAAACUUUGCAGGGAACUGGACAGAGCUAAUCGAGUUGUCGAUUCGUGGAACUUCCCUUGAAGGUCCAAUUCGAUCAGCUUUUUCGGCGUUAACCUCUCUAGAAACCUUGAUAAUCAGCGACCUGUCCGGCAGUAGCUCUUCUAUGGCAUUUCUGAAAGAUCUGAAAAACUUGAGUGUCCUGACUUUGAGAAAUAAUAAUAUUUCCGAUUCAAUUCCAUCCAACAUUGGAGAUUUUCGAAGUUUGAUUGCACUGGAUCUUAGCUUCAACAACUUGGUUGGCCAGAUUCCGGAAUCGCUAUUCGGUUUGAAGAACCUUACUCACUUGUUCCUUGGAAAUAAUAGAUUAACUGGUGCCAUUCCAGCACAAAAAAGCAACUCUCUCAUGUACAUAGACCUGUCCUACAACAAUUUACAUGGAAGCCUUCCUUCUUGGGUAUACCAGCAGAACCUACAAAUUAAUCUGCUUGCCAACAACUUCACGAUAGGAAACUCUAACAGUGGUUUGCCUUUGGGAUUGAGCUGUCUGCAGCAGAGCUUCCCUUGCAAUCGAGACCCUCCAAUUUAUUCUAGCUUUGCCAUCAACUGUGGAGGCCCACAGAUUACAUCAUCCGAUGGUAUUACGUAUGAGGCUGAUAAUAUCACUCUUGGUACGGCCACGUACUUCGUGUCUGACACAAAGAGGUGGGCUAUGAGCAGUGUAGGGUAUUUCGAGGGUAAUAGCAACCCCCAGUACUCUUUUAUAUCGCAAUCGCAAUACACAAAUACUAUAGACCCCCAGCUGUUCAGGACUGCACGAGUCUCUGCGUCAUCCUUGAGGUACCAUGGAUUGGGGCUUGAGAAUGGAAACUACAAUGUUGUCCUCCAAUUCGCCGAGUUAUCAAUCCUCAACAGUAACUGGCAAAGUCUUGGGAGGCGUGUUUUUGACAUAUAUAUACAGGGUACGCUUGUCGAGGAGAAUUUUGACAUUCGAGAAGAGGCAGGUGGGACUUCUUUUAAAGCUGUUGUGAAGAAGUAUAAAGUUCAAGUGACGGAAAACUAUAUGGUGAUUCAUUUAUUCUGGGCUGGGAAGGGGACAAGAUCUAUACCUGAUGAUGCUACAUAUGGUCCUAUGAUUUCAGCCAUUAGUGCUACUGCAGACUUCAAACCCACUGUCAAGGACAUUCGUCAAUCCAGUAAGAAGGAUCAGGGUCGCCUGAUUGCCGGAGUUACUGUAGGUAUCGGAGUUUUAUGCCUUAUGGCUGCUCUUUUGAUUUUCUAUCUUGUUCGGGUGAAGAAUAGGGCACGCUCCAAUGAGGACGAAGAGCUCCUAGAAAUAGAUGCCAGACCCUUCACUUUCAGUUAUGUGGAACUCAAGUCUGCUACAGAUGACUUUAAUCCUAUUAACAAGCUCGGUGAGGGAGGAUUUGGUCCCGUUUACAAGGGAUCACUCAAAGAUGGGAGAGUAAUUGCAGUGAAGCGAUUAUCUGUGCCUUCAAAGCAUGGAAGGAGCCAAUUUGUGACUGAGAUUUCUACCAUAUCUGCAGUGCAACACCGUAACCUCGUUAAACUUUAUGGGUGCUGCAUUGAAGGAGACCAACGGCUUCUUGUGUAUGAGUAUCUCGUAAAUAAGAGCCUCGAUCAAGCACUUUUCGGCGAAAAAAGUUUGAAUCUCAACUGGCCAACCCGUUAUGAAAUUUGUCUCGGGGUAGCGAGGGGUCUGGCUUAUCUUCAUGAAGAGUCAAGGCCGAGAAUCAUUCACAGAGAUGUGAAGACAAGUAACAUUCUGCUGGACUCCGAUCUCAAUCCUAAAAUUUCUGAUUUUGGGUUGGCCAAACUCUACGAUGAUGAAAAGACCCACAUAAGUACCCGAAUUGCAGGCACGCUUGGGUACCUUGCUCCAGAGUAUGCGCUGCGGGGACAUCUUACAGAGAAGGCUGAUGUCUUCGCAUUCGGUGUUGUGGCGUUGGAGGUGGUCAGUGGAAGGCAUAAUUUCGACCAGAGCUUCGGGGAGGAGAAGAUUUAUCUUCUUGAAUGGGCCUGGAAACUGCAUGAGACCGAACAAGAAAUUGAGCUCGUCGACCCCCGACUUUUGAAAUUCAAUGAGGAGGAGGUGAAACGAGUUGUCGCGGUGGGCCUUCUCUGCACUCAAACAUCUUCCGUCCUGAGGCCAACCAUGUCUCGCGUGGUCACCAUGCUGAUGGGAGAUGUCGAAGUGACUCCUGUCUCCACAAGGCCGGGAUACAUGACUGACUGGAAAUAUAACGACACGACUGGGAGUAGCUUAUUCAGCGAUAAGACUCCAAUAAUAGGAAAUGCCAGAAGCUCUUUCAGAUCGAAAUCACCGGUCAGUUCAGGCACUGCAGGCAGAGCAGAUUCUUUUGCCAGUGAAGGCUGAGAAAAUGCAGCAUGAGAUAGAUCAUGUAAAAAGUGUAUUUCAAUUUGCAGAAAUUUCUCUCGAAUCUAUCUGUUUAAUCUGUUUCUUUUCUAACUCCUGCACUUCUCUUUCGGGAAUGUUCAUUUGUUGUUUCGAGCCACAUUAUUUAGGAACAAUUAGAAAGCAAUGGCUCUUGGGACCUUUGCUCA